AUGGGUAGCGUUUCCUUCGCCGAAGAUACCAAAUUGCCCCAGGAUACGCCGAUUGUCGAGGAGGAAAGCUCCGUCUUUCCUUACCAGGAUGGCCCCGAAAACAAAUCGUGGGCGGGCGCCCUGCCCUUGAAGCAGGGUCUUUACGACCCCGAGUACGAGAAGGAUGCUUGCGGUGUGGGUUUCGCUGCCCAUAUCAAGGGCAAGGCUAGCCACAAGAUUGUUUCCGAUGCGCGGUCAUUGCUAUGCAAUAUGACUCAUCGAGGUGCCGUGGGCUCUGACGCCCGUGAUGGCGAUGGCGCUGGUGUCAUGACUUCGAUUCCCCACCGAUUCUUCGUGAAGGAGUUUGGACGCGAGCAAGGCUUCACGCUCCCUCUCCAGGGCCAGUAUGCCACUGGUAAUCUCUUCUUCAAGCCCGAUCCCGCAGCGCUGGAUGAAACCAAGGCGAUGUUCGAGGAUGUGGCUGAUCAGCUGGAUCUAAGAGUGUUGGGUUGGCGAGUGGUCCCGAGGGACUCUACGCUGCUUGGUCCUGCCGCUUUGUCGCGAGAGCCCAUCAUACUGCAGCCGUUUGUCGUGCUGAAGAAGGCUUUUGGUGAGGGCAAGGAACCGAAGCCAGACUUCGACCAGACGUUCGAUGGCGGGUACUUCGAGCGACAGCUCUAUGUGCUGCGCAAGCGCUCCACUCACGUUAUUGGCCUUCACAAUUGGUUCUACAUUUGCUCCAUGUCGAACAAGAACAUUGUGUACAAGGGCCAGCUUGCACCUGUGCAAGUCUACGAAUACUAUCACGACCUUCUCUCAGUCGAUUAUGAGGGGCAUUUUGCUCUUGUUCAUUCCCGUUUCUCCACUAACACAUUCCCCAGCUGGGAUCGUGCACAGCCCUUGCGAUGGGCAGCCCACAAUGGUGAGAUCAACACCUUACGUGGCAACAAGAACUGGAUGCGCUCUCGAGAAGGCGUCAUGAAGUCGGAGAUGUUUGGUGAUGAACUUGACCUCCUGUACCCGAUUGUUGAGGAUGGAGGUUCCGACUCUGCUGCAUUCGACAACGUGCUGGAAUUGCUCACGAUCAAUGGUGUUCUCUCACUCCCAGAAGCUGUUAUGCUCAUGGUGCCAGAGGCAUGGCAAGGUAAUCAUUCAAUGGACCCUGCGAAGCAGGCAUUCUACGAGUGGGCCGCCUGUAUGAUGGAGCCCUGGGAUGGCCCGGCCCUCUUCACGUUCUCUGAUGGACGUUACUGCGGAGCCAACCUCGACCGUAACGGUCUCCGACCCUGCCGUUACUACGUGACCGAUGACGACCGAAUCGUCUGCGCCUCAGAGGUCGGUACUAUCUCCAUCGACCCGGAGCGAGUCGUACAGAAGGGUCGUCUCCAGCCAGGCCGCAUGUUGCUCGUUGACACUGUGGCUGGUCGCAUCAUUGACGACUCCGAGCUGAAGAACACGGUUGCAGCUCGUCAAGACUUCCGAUCCUGGGUUGAGAAGAACCUUUUGACCUUGCCUAAGGUCAAACAGGCAGUCUUGGAUAAGGGUGUAGACCUCGGCUACACUCUCACAGAUACGCGAGUGCACGAGGACCCGCGCCUGAAGGCUUUCGGGUACUCCCUCGAGCAGGUAACACUGCUCCUUGCGCCUAUGGCAGCCGAUUCCAAGGAGGCUCUGGGUUCCAUGGGCAAUGACGCUCCUCUCGCAUGCCUGGCACAACAGCCCCGCCUCAUGUAUGAGUACUUCCGACAGCUCUUCGCUCAGGUCACGAACCCUCCCAUCGAUCCCAUCCGUGAAGCCAUCGUUAUGUCUCUUGAGGCAUACGUUGGACCGCAGGGUAACUUGCUCGAAAUGGAUGAGUCGCAGUGCGGCCGACUGCUUCUUCCUUCGCCAAUCCUUUCUCUCGAGGAGUUCAAGGCAUUGACCAACGCGCACACCCUCUAUCCUGAGUGGACUGUGAAGACGAUCGACAUCACGUUCCCCAAGAGCGAGGGUGUCGAUGGAUACAUGAACGCGCUGGACCGAAUCUGCGAUGCCGCCGCAGAGUGCAUUGACAGUGGUGACAACAUCCUCGUCCUCUCCGACCGUGCCACUUCCGCCGACCGCGUGGCUGUUUCCGCCUGUCUCGCUACCGGUAUGGUGCACCACCACCUUGUCCGCAGCAAGGCCCGUUCUCGAGUCGCCCUUGUCAUUGAGACUGCCGAAGCUCGUGAGGUCCAUCACAUGUCCGUUCUCGUCGGUUACGGAGCUGACGCUAUCUGCCCUUACCUUGCCAUCGAGUGCAUUUUGAAGAUGCACCGUGAGGGUUUGAUCCGCAAGAAGCUCUCGCCUGAACAACUUAUCGACAACUACAAGCACUCUUGCGAUGGUGGUAUCCUGAAAGUUAUGAGCAAGAUGGGUAUAUCUACGUUGCAGUCAUACAAGGGAGCCCAGAUUUUCGAGGCUCUUGGUAUCGAUGAUUCAGUUGUCGACCGUUGCUUCACAGGAACCGCUACUCGCAUCAAGGGUGCGACUUUCAAGGACUUUGCCCAGGAUGCCUUCGCGCUCCACGAGAAGGGUUUCCCGACUCGCAGCAUCGUCGAGGUUCCCGGUCUUGCUGAGACUGGCGAGUACCACUGGCGAGACGGUGGAGAAGCUCACGUCAACGACCCGACUGCGAUUGCCAACAUUCAGGAUGCCGUCCGCACCAAGAACGACAAGUCCUAUGAGGCGUACUCCAUUGCAGAGUACGAGCGCAUCAAGGACUGUACGCUGCGCGGCCUGCUUGACUUCAACUUUGAGGACCGUAACCCCAUCCCCAUCGACCAGGUCGAGCCUUGGACCGACAUCGUUCGCCGCUUCGUGACCGGUGCCAUGUCCUACGGUUCCAUUUCCAUGGAGUCUCACUCUACUCUUGCCGUUGCCAUGAAUCGAUUGGGCGGCAAGUCCAACACUGGUGAGGGUGGUGAAGACCCAGAGCGAUCUCUUCGCAUGGAGAACGGCGACACCAUGCGCUCUGCCAUCAAGCAGAUCGCCUCUGGUCGAUUUGGUGUUACCAGCAACUACCUCGCCGAUGCCGAUGAGCUCCAGAUCAAGAUGGCCCAAGGUGCUAAGCCCGGUGAGGGUGGUGAGCUCCCAGGCCACAAGGUCUCCGCUUCCAUCGCUAAGACCCGUCACUCCACUCCUGGUGUCGGUCUCAUCUCUCCUCCACCUCACCACGACAUCUACUCUAUCGAAGAUCUUAAGCAGUUGAUCUACGAUCUGAAGUGUUCGAACCCGCGCGCCCGUGUCUCCGUCAAGCUCGUCUCUGAGACUGGUGUCGGUAUCGUCGCUUCCGGUGUGGCUAAGGCCAAGGCUGAUCACAUCCUGAUCUCUGGCCACGAUGGUGGUACCGGUGCUUCUCGCUGGACUGGUAUCAAGUACGCCGGUCUUCCCUGGGAAUUGGGUCUUGCCGAGACUCACCAGACUUUGGUCCUCAAUGACCUCCGUGGACGUGUCAUCGUCCAGACUGAUGGGCAGCUCCGCACUGGCCGUGAUGUUGCCAUUGCCUGUCUUCUCGGUGCGGAAGAGUGGGGUUUCGCUACAACCCCUCUCAUCGCUAUGGGCUGUAUCAUGAUGAGGAAGUGUCACUUGAACACCUGCCCCGUCGGUAUUGCUACUCAGGAUCCUGAGCUCAGGAAGAAGUUUGUCGGUACGCCCGAGCACGUCAUCAACUUCUUCUACUAUGUCGCCAACGAACUCCGUGCCAUCAUGGCCAAGCUUGGAUUCCGUACCAUCAACGACAUGGUUGGUCACUGCGAGGCGCUCCGUGUUCGCGACGAUCUUCGCACUGCAAAGACGGAGAACAUCGACCUGUCGCUCAUUCUGACGCCCGCCCACACACUGCGACCUGGAGUGGCUACGUUCAACGUCCGCAAGCAGGACCACCGUCUCCACGUACGUCUUGACAACAAGCUCAUCGCUGAGUCUGAAUUGGCUCUUGAGAAGGGCUUACCCGCACGUAUCGAAUGUGAUAUCGUCAACACCGAUCGUGCUUUGGGUGCUACCCUAUCCUACCAGAUUAGCAGGCGCUACGGCGAAGCUGGUCUGCCCCAGGAUACAAUCCACGCCAACAUUCGUGGAUCUGCGGGUCAGUCUUUCGGUGCUUAUUUGGCACCUGGUGUUACUCUGGAGCUUGAGGGUGACGCCAACGACUACGUCGGCAAGGGUCUCUCUGGUGGUCGUAUUAUCGUCUACCCGCCUCGUACGGCUGUGUACAGGGCUGAGGAGAACGUCCUGAUCGGCAACGUCUGCUUGUACGGUGCCACCAAGGGUACCUGCUACUUCCGUGGUGUGGCUGCUGAGCGUUUCGCUGUCCGCAAUUCCGGAGCCACCGCCGUUGUCGAAGGUGUUGGUGACCAUGGUUGCGAGUACAUGACUGGCGGUCGUGUCGUUGUCCUUGGUUCUACUGGCCGUAACUUCGCUGCUGGUAUGUCUGGCGGUAUUGCCUACGUCCUCGACAUCCAGCAGGACUUCGAGCAGAAGGUUAACCAGGAGAUGGUUGAGCUUUCCGGCAUCGAGGACCCCCAGGAGAUCGCCUUCGUUCGUGGCCUCAUCGAGGACCAUCACCACUACACAGGCUCCGAGCUUGCUGCACGCAUUCUCCUGGACUUCUCCCGCGCCCUACCCCGCUUCGUCAAGGUCAUGCCGGUCGACUACAAGCGUGUUCUCUUGGAGGAGGCUGCAAAGGAGGCCGAGAAGAAGAAGAAGGAGUACCCCCUUCCCAUCCUCCCCGGCAACCCUGUUCGCUCGGCUCACGAGGAGUCUUUGAAGCAUGAGCACGAUGCCAAGGACAAGAAGGCCGACCUUCUCGACAUCGAGGAGAGUGUCACCGAUGCCAAGGCUGAGAAGAAGAAGGCUCUCGUGCUCGACAAGACCAAGGGCUUCAUGAAGUACCAGCGGCGCUCUGAGAAGUACCGCAACCCCAAGACCCGGACCCGCGACUGGUCCGAGCUUUCUCAACGCCUCAACGAGGAUGAACUCAAGUACCAGACAGCUCGUUGCAUGGAUUGCGGUGUGCCUUUCUGCCAGUCUGACACUGGUUGCCCGAUCUCGAACAUUAUACCAAAAUGGAAUGAGUUAGUGUUUGCUAAUCAAUGGCGCGAUGCUCUUAAUCGCCUGCUCAUGACCAACAACUUCCCAGAAUUCACUGGUCGUGUUUGCCCUGCUCCUUGCGAGGGUGCCUGCGUUCUGGGCAUCAACGAGGACCCCGUCGGCAUCAAGUCUAUUGAAUGCGCUAUCAUUGACCGCGGUUUCGAGAUGGGCUGGAUGAUCCCAUCGCCACCCCAGACCCGCACUGGCAAGAAGGUUGCCAUCAUCGGAUCUGGACCCGCUGGCCUUGCUGCAUCCGAUCAGCUCAACAAGUGCGGUCACGAGGUUACCGUCUUUGAGCGCGCCGAUCGUGUUGGUGGUCUGCUCAUGUACGGUAUCCCCAACAUGAAGCUCGACAAGAAGGUUGUGCAGCGCCGUGUGGAUUUCCUCGCCGCAGAGGGUGUCAAAUUCGUUACCGGUGUCGCUGUGGGUGCCGAGGGCCAGCCAUCUCUCGAGUCUUUGCGCGGCGAAUACGACGCUGUCAUCCUCGCCACUGGAGCGACUGUCGCUCGUGACCUGCCCAUCCCCAACCGCAACCUCGAGGGUGUUCACUACGCCAUGCAGUUCCUGCACAAGAACACCAAGUCUCUUCUCGACUCCGAGCUCGCCGAUGACGCCUACAUCUCAGCCAAGGGCAAGAACGUCGUGGUCAUCGGAGGUGGUGACACUGGUAACGACUGCAUUGGUACCUCCGUCCGCCACGGAGCCAAGUCGGUCGUCAACUUCGAGCUGCUCCCCCAGCCUCCGCCAGAGCGUGCCCGCGACAACCCGUGGCCGCAGUGGCCGCGUAUUUUCCGCACUGACUACGGUCACUCGGAAGUCAAGACGCACAUGGGCAAGGAUCCUCGCGAGUACUGCGUCAUGUCCAAGGAGUUCGUCGAUGACGGAACCGGCAAGGUCAAGGGCAUCAACACCGUCCGCGUCGAGUGGACCAAGUCGGCCACUGGCGGCUGGGACAUGAAGCAAGUCGAGGGCAGCGAGCAGUUCUUCCCCGCCGAGCUCGUCCUCUUGUCUAUGGGUUUCUUGGGUCCCGAGGAGCGCGUCCUCGGCGACAUCGUCGAGCGCGAUGCCCGCAAGAACGUCAAGACGACUCCUGGCCACUACAACACUAACUUGGCUGGUGUCUUUGCCGCUGGUGACUGCCGCCGCGGCCAGUCUCUCAUUGUCUGGGGCAUCAACGAAGGCCGCCAAUGCGCCCGCGACGUCGAUACCUUCCUCACCGGCGUCGGCACUCAGCUCCCCGUCACAGGCGGCAUCGUCAAGAGCCCGCCUUACUCCCUCCUGAACAAGGCGGGCGGCGCCCCAGCCGAGAAGCUCGUCCAGGCCGCUGCUUAA